AGCACUCUCUACACAUACACUACACUACCCUAAAUUAUUGCAUUAGAAACGACUGUUUGCGCACGUCAGUCUUGUUUGCUCGCUCCGCCCUAAGUUAACACUAGUCACGUUGUAAAAGGUAAUAAAAGAGUGGCGCGUACCCGACAAGCGUUCUUACCGACAAGGAGCUCGCCCGGUCAAGACGUUCUUUCUUCCUGAAUCUGAACAGAUAACAAGACACGAUGAAACUGCUUGUUCUACUCGCCUGCGCUGCCUUGGCAACUACUGCGUCACUCUCUUUCGAGAGCCAAUGGGAGGCCUUCAAGAUUAAGCAUGACAAGGCAUACAGUGAGAAGGAGGAGUACGCUCGGCGUCUGAUCUUCCAUGACAAUCUCAAGACCAUAGAAACUCAUAACCAGCAGGCUGACGCCGGGAAACACUCCUACUGGCUGGGGGUCAACCAGUUUGCAGACAUGACACACGCGGAGUACUUGGACAAGGUCAUCGGUGGCUGCCUCAUUAACGGCAACCUCACCAAAGCAGGUAGCCGCGCCACCUACCGCUUCAUCCCGAACCUGCAGGUCAACGACACCGUCGACUGGAGGGACCAAGGGCUGGUCACCGAAAUUAAAGACCAGGGCCAGUGUGGAUCUUGCUGGGCAUUCAGUACGACGGGGUCCCUGGAAGGCCAGCACGCCAAGGCCACAGGUACCCUGGUGUCCCUCAGCGAGCAGAACCUGAUGGACUGUUCCAGGAAGGAGGGGAACAAGGGGUGCGAGGGCGGAGACAUGGACCAGGCCUUCCAGUACAUCAUUCAGAACAAGGGCAUCGAUACCGAGCAGUGCUACCCUUACCAUGCUAAGAACCACCGGUGCAAAUUUGACAACUCUUGUAUCGGCGCCACCAUGUCGAGCUUCACUGACGUCACAUCCGGUGACGAGGAUGCUCUGAAGCAGGCUACUUUCAACAUCGGUCCGAUCUCUGUCGGCAUCGACGCCAGUCACCAGUCCUUCCAGUUCUACAGCAGCGGUGUGUACAAUGAGUUUGAAUGCAGCAGCACGAAGCUUGACCACGGCGUGCUGGUGGUAGGGUAUGGCACAUACCACAGCAAGGACUACUGGCUGGUGAAGAACAGCUGGGGCACAGUCUGGGGCAACCAGGGCUACAUCAUGAUGACACGUAACAAGAACAACCAGUGCGGCAUCGCCACCGACGCCAGCUACCCAGUCGUGUAGCUCUUACUAUACUACUCAUGUCGCCAUGUUUGUUUUUCAAUGAUGAUUACAUAAUCAAACCUUAACUUGAAACCUCUCCAUUUGAAACGUCCACGGCUCAUCACUAUUCAUGAACAUUAGUAAAACGAUGUUAUAAUACACGAUAGAGUACACAUAGAUAUGUAUAAUCACGCUCUCAUUUAGCGGUGCUGGUUCACCUUAAUCUUCACUUUUCUUGAUAUCAUUUGCACGGGAAUCAUUUAAUCUUGUGGUUCGACUGUUAGUUUUGAAUUUACCGAAAGAAAUAAACAUUAAAA